AUGUCAGGCAGACUCGAAGGGAAGAAUAUUAUAGUCACGGGUGCCGCUGGUGGUAUUGGCCUCGAAGCCUCGAUUCUCAUGUAUAAGGAGGGUGCUUCGGUUCUGAUGACCGACAUCAACCAUUCAAUCUUGGAUAAAGCCCUGGCCCGUGUGAAGGAGCUUGUACCCAAAGCCAGAGGACUUCUUGAAUCACUUGUUGUUGACGUGUCGAGGGAGUCCGAGGUAGAGAAAGCCGUCGCUCAGUUGGACAGCUGGGGCGGCCUGGACGUCAUCUUCAACAACGCAGGCAUCAUGCAUCCGAAAGAUGGUGACGCCGAAGAGUGCCCUGCCAAAAUCUGGGACAAGACGUUUGACGUCAAUGUUAAGGGCGUCUGGUAUGGAAGCAAAUACGCCGUCAGAUCUCUGCGCAAGCAUGGCAAGAAGAAGGGCAGCAUCAUCAACACUGCCAGCAUGGUUUCAAUUGUCGGAUCCGCAACUCCUCAGGUGGCAUAUACUGCCAGUAAGGGUGCUGUUAUGGCUUUCACAAGAGAGAUGGCGAUUGUGCACGCUAGAGAGGGCUUCCGCUUUAAUACCAUUUGCCCAGCACCUCUGAAUACUCCGAUGCUUCAAGACUUUCUGGGUGAAGACAAAGAGAAGCGAUUCAGACGAGAGGUUCACUUCCCAACGGGCCGAUUUGGAGAGGCUAUCGAGCAAGCACAAGCUGCUGUUUUCCUCGCCAGCGACGAGAGUAGCUUUGUCAACGCUCAUGACCUGGUUGUGGAUGGUGGACUCACGAAGGCCUACGUGACACCCGAUGGACCUCCCACCGACCCCCCUCGGAACUUGGGAAAGCAAUAA